AUGAAACUAACCGGCUCACUAUGCAUUCCUUUCUCUCUGGUUCUUUGUCUGCAGGAUUCAAUAAUCCAGGAGCCUCUCUCACCCACCUCCCUGGAAUGGUGCUGCCUGACUGGGCCCGGUGGGUUGAAGGCCGGUCAGGGGCUAGUCUCGGCGAUCUCCCAGUCUCACCAUGCAUGGCAUGGGGUUGAAGCUUUCGGCGGCAAUGGUCUGUCGGUUAUGUUUCUGCCUGACUUUUUUUCUGUCCCGAAUAUAUAGCUUCUGUCAUCCUCUUCCUCAACGUCUCUGUCUUUCUUUCCUCAAACGAAUGUAAAUCACCUCCUCGCUCACCACCAUGAGUGCCACCACUACUGCUGCGUCGGCGACAUCCGCCUCGGCCACGAGCACGGCAACAUGCGUGCCUGUCACUCCGAACAAGAAUGGCUAUGUGCCACCGGGCGCUUGCGGGAAUAUCCUCAUGUACGAGGCGAACUUCGGGGCUGCCGUCUUGUUCUGUGUCUUGUUCGGUCUUACCACUGCCGUGCAUAUUUUCCAGGCAUUUAUGUUCAAGAAGCGCUACGCCUGGGUCGUCAUCAUGGGCGCUCUCUGGGAAUUGCUAUCGUCCAUCAUGGCCGCGCUCUUCGCCAAGCACCAAAACAAAGACGCGUACAACACGCCGCAUACCAUCUUUUUCCUCCUGGCGCCCAUCUGGAUCAACGCCUUCCUCUACAUGACUCUCGGCCGACUGAUCUACUUCUUCAUUCCGGACGGCCGGCUCGGCGGGGUCUCCGCGAAACGCUUCGGCCAGAUCUUCGUGUGGCUGGACAUCAUCUCCUUCAUCGUGCAGUUGGUGGGUGCCGGCUUCACCACCUCGACCGACGCCUCCACCUCCACCACCAUGAUGGGCGUGCACAUUUACAUGGGCGGUAUCGGACUGCAGGAGUUCUUCAUCCUUGUCUUCACCGCGUUUUUCAUUUACCUGCAGCGCAAGAUGACCGAGAUGGAGCGCAACGGGCAGCUGGACAAUGAAAAGGUCGCGCGCGGCAGCGGCUUCGGGUGGCGCUGGCUCUUCUACGCCAUUUAUGCGGCCUUAUUCCUGAUCACCGUGCGUAUCGUCUUCCGCCUGGCGCAGUACUCCCGGGGCACGGACCCGAACAAUCCGGUGCUCACCCACGAAUGGUACGAGUACGUCUGGGAUGCCCUGCCCAUGUUCUUCGCCUUGGUUAUCCUCAAUGUGAUCCACCCCGGUCAGAUCCUGCAAGGCCCCGACAGCGAGUUCCCGCGUGUCAGCCGCCGGGAGAAGAAACAAGCCAAGCGUGAGAAGAAGCAGGCCAAGUUGGCCGAGAAGGAGGCUCGGAAGGACCGCAAACGCCACCGCAAGCACGGCAGCGUCGCCUUUGAUCUGCUCGACGCCCAGGAACGCGGCAACACCCCCCGGGGCUAUGAUGCCGGCUACGAGGCGGGCUAUAAUGCGGGUACUACAGCGGGGGACCGGCCACAGAGAACGUGGUAUGAUCAGCAGGGGAAUGAGGUUAGACGGUGAUUGUGCGAUGGGAUAAGCAAUUUGAUGUGUUAUGAAUCUGAUUCUUGGGCUGAAUGCCCUUUUCUACCGUUUUCCUUUUCAUUGCCGUUGUUAGAAAUGGUCUAUUCACUUUGUUUCUGCGAAAGAUACAAUAUACAGAUAUCCGGGCGGCCGCAAUUCAUAGCGCAAGGGGUGUUUGGGUGAUCAAUAUCUUGGUUUGGGGUCUUUUUCUGUUCUCUGCUUUGUUUUCCUUGUUGAAUAUCCACGUCAUCAGACAGCUGCUGCACAUACUUGAUUGAUCGUUACCACAAAUUUGACUACUCUGAGUGCCACGC